UUCUUGUUAGAUUGCAACGUGACGAAUUUGGCACCGAAUCACUCUCUCUGUGGCCCGGUCUAUUCAGCAGUGCACAUUAACGCACAGCUCAACGUUUCGGUUGAAGGUCGUGAAUUUGCGAUUGCUGAACGGCACAGUUUCGAGACCUCUGCAUGAGGUACGAGUAAACGUGAUCAACGAAAAAUUAUCUGAACUGGAUGACGAGAUAUGGGGCAAGAUAAUUCUGAUGGAAAGAAACAGGAGAAUUGCCAAAGCCUACCUGCGAACUUCUUCGGUGUCGAUCGAUGGCAGCUACGAAGAGUUCGACGGUCAGAGCUGCUAUGCACUGCCUAAUACGCGUCAACCGACGGAAAUAGGAUUGAAACGGAAGAGAUCCGAAGCAAGAUUGCAGCCGUUGGAAGUUCAUCAAGCGGUGAAGGUUUUCGACAUGCGAGCUUUCAAAAGCGCUGUAGAAUACGAAUUUCAACAGCCUUACCCUGAUAGGAAAAAACUGCUGUUCAAAAGCGUAUUACGAAUAUCGUUGGUUAAAAAGGAACCUCAUCCCUUGAAGACGCCAUGUUGGUUAUUUGUUAUCAAUUUAGUAGCGCUGGAAGUUUUAAACAGUAAAUUAUGGCUUAUCCGAACCAGAUUAAGCUGUCAAAUGAAAUGCAUAUCGCCCUUUUUCAGUAGACCGUAUUCAGAUUGGGACCUGCGCUUUGCGGGUUGCGAUCGGCGGAAUUCUGUAAGCAGUGUCCAUUCACUGUAUUCAUUCGAUGGGAACACGACAAGCGAGAAGGGCGACGACAAGCUUUGCGACUCAUGCAGGAAGCCCAGGCAACGUUGCGGAAGUGCCAGGGUAAACUCAGAACUGUACGACUGGAGUGGUUCUAAGCCCGAAGCCAGAUACCGGCAUUCGCAAUUGUGCUACGACACUGCUAAUGUCUGUCACUCACCAUGCGGUCCGGUAAGUUCAUACGUUGAUAUGCGAAAUACGGUUUUUUCAGACGCGUUGCUGUUCGAACCAGAGCAUUAA